UUGAACACCCGCCAGCGACUGGCAGUCAUCAGGAUUCUCCAGGGCCAUGCACGGCCGACACCGUACAUCAUCUUCGGACCGCCUGGAACAGGUAAGACAAUAACAGUAGUUGAAUCGAUUCUGCAGGUCCAGCACCAUCUUGCUCACGCACGCAUACUUGCUUGCACGCCGUCCAAUAGUGCCGCUGAUCUGCUGGCUGAGAGGUUGAACUUAGAAAUAAAACGGAUGUUGGGAGGUCUGGUAAUAAAAGUGACGGUUUUCACCCACGUGUUCAUCGAUGAGGCUGGCCAGGCUACAGAACCCGAAUCGAUGAUAGCUGUCGGUCUCGUGAUGUCCCUGCAUGGACAGAUAGUUUUGGCAGGUGACCCGCAGCAGUUGGGUCCCGUUCUUCGAAGCCAGUUUGCCAAGGACUACGGGUUGAAUGUUUCGUACAUGGAGCGCCUCUCUGCCCUACCUUUGUACGAAAGAAACGAGAACAAGUUCAGCAACAGGGGAGGUUACGAUCCACUCUUAAUCACCAAACUCUUGGACAACUACAGGUCACAUCCAUCGCUUAUGUACCUGUCCUCUCACAUGUUCUACCAUGGGGAGCUUGUCAUGAAGGCAGACAAACAGCUGAUGACAUGUUUGUGCAACUGGUCCAUGCUUCCCAACAAAAACAACUUUCCUAUUCUGUUCCAUGGGGUCAGGGGCGAAGAUCUGAGGGAAGGCAACAGUCCUUCGUGGUUCAACCCAUACGAAGUUGCCUUGACUGUGAAGUACUUGGGCAGUCUGCUGAACAACGACGCUUACACAAUCAGCCCUGACGACGUUGGCGUCAUCACGCCCUACAAAAAGCAAGUUGAAAAAAUAAGGCAGACUGCAAUCCGGCACGACCUCCCAAAAGUGAAGGUAGGAUCGGUGGAAGAGUUCCAAGGUCAAGAACGAUUGGCCAUCAUCAUUUCAACUGUCAGAUCGUCCGAAUCACUGCUUGAUCUGGAUCUCAAGUAUACUCUUGGAUUUUUGGGCAACCAGAAAAGAUUCAAUGUAGCUAUCACAAGAGCGCAUUCCUUGCUGGUUGUCAUUGGAAACCCUCACGUCCUCUGCCAAGAUCUAUGUUGGAGUCGUCUCAUUCGCUAUUGCAUCAACAACGAUGCGUACGUCGGUUGUGACUUGCCC